GACGGAAGGCUUCAUGCGAUGGAAGCGUUCAACCAGGCAUACGAAGAAAUAACCGGAGCUAAUUUCUUUAAGGUGAGCGAUAGCAUUAAUUGUGACGUGAAAAAUAGGGGUUCGAAAUACUGGACAAAAAUAUUUAGGUGAGCAGCGGUAUAUAUAUUCAAAACAUUCGAACCCAUCGGACAAAGAAAAAAAUCAAAUCAAUUUUAACACCUCGAGUAUCAAAAAGGAAAGUUGCUCAAUAUCUUGUAAUUUAUUUUGUUAAUAAAAUGAUAUUUCACUGCGGCCAAAUUUUUCCUAAGAAUAGACUGAAACUUCUACACGUGGCGAGGCUUUUUUGGUUCGCGCAAAGCAGACGUAAUUGUGCGAGCAUGUUUCGAAACUUUAAGAGUAUCAAGUUGCGGUCGAAUAAUGAGCUUCUGGGGCCUGCUUGCCUCCCAUGCAAUUUCGUGCAGAAGUCGGAACAGUCGGUGUUUAACGAUAAUUUAUUUAGGUUUAGAGCUACAACUAAUACCGAAUCAUAUCAAAUCUCUAGCUUGUUGUUAAUGAUUAUAGCUUCUCGAACCGCCAAGAAGUAGUUUCUAUACGGAACAGGAAGAUCACGUCAUCAGUUGGAUUGAUUGAUGGUUACACAAACUAAGUUUGCCACUGUUCCAAUUAAAAAUAGUUUGAAUCAAUUCACUGUAGAAAGUGGAUAUUUGGUGAACAGUUAGUCUUGUUUCAGAAAUACUUAUUGUUAAGACCGUGCCGUGACUAGGAAAAAAUGGGCGGUCGUCAUCGUUGACAACAAGAUUAAUUUUUUUCCUGAGAAUUUUGCAAAAACGGACGAUUUAUACCCGUGUCUCUAAUUAUCAACUUACAAAGUAUUACCAGUUUUUGUAAGUUUUCUUUCUUUUCUUAGCUAUUGUUAUUAUUAUUUUUUAUUUUGUAUUUUAACCUUGGCCUCUUGCUCAACAGUGUUUUUGUGCAAAUAGUUCCGGGGGAUACACCGUUUCUUUGACAUUAUAUUGAUCGAGUUGGUACAAUGGCACUGACCAUUUUAAUGAUUAGUGAAACGUUUCGUGUAUAUUGUUUUUAUACAGAAUGCAAAUUCAUCAAAAGCCUCUCAAAUAUUCUGCGAAAAAUCAUCGCCAAAAGACCGAACUAGCGAUAUAAAUCUUCUUUACAAGAUCUCCUCAAUGUUGGACAAGGUGCGUUUAGGCCACUGAUUCUGUAGGUAUUUUUUUAGCUUUUAAUUCUUUGUAAAUUGAAUUUCCUAAAUUUUCCCUAGAAACUCUUCCCACGUGGCAACAAGUAUGAUUGCUACGUUCUCGACAUCAAAGCGAGUCUUAGUGAGACUCCACGGGAAAUCGCUUCAGUAGGGCCGCUCUGAACGUAGCAUCUCCCGGUUCAGUUCUUAGUUCACUUGCAACAACUCGGAGUUGAAACUGAAAAAAAACGAAAGACAGAAGGUUAGCGGCAACUGAAAAAUUUUCUACAAGGCCAAGAGCAUGCGAUGCGCAAACACAGACUCCACAGCGCCUUGCAAAUGAAUUUAAAAUAACGAUGAUAAAGAUUUUUUUCUAUUCAAGACGAGAUUAAUGUUUUUUUUUUUAAAAAAAGAUUUUAAAAAUCAGAUAUAUCAUUUUUUUCCCCAAUAAUCGUUGAAUUCAAUUUUCUUCGAUUUUUUUAAACAGAAAAAUUCCAGCUCCACAACUUAUCCGGAAGAUGACGUCUUUGAAGAUCGUGACGGAACAGAUGUCAGUGAUAUUGACGUCAGCGGAGAGCAGAGUUAUUCGCAUGCACUUGGUAAUGAAGAGCGGCGGACAUGCCUUAAGGUAUAUACCUCUUGUUUGUGAUGAUUUUCUAACCCUAAGGUCUUGUCUGUAUGAUGUCAACUUAGUUUAGAGAGGCCCAAAUAUGUUUUACUGUUGAACACUAAAAUCAUUUUGUUCAAUGCUUUUGGUUGUGCGGUGCUACAAACCUCAAUUUCCACAUUGUAGACACCUUUUUCACGGUUACCAGGACACAAAUGGGGUUACUUCGUAGACCAAAACAAUCCUCCCCCCUCUAGGAUGUUUGCUGCUUCCUACACUGUAGCUCGAACAGGUGUGCACAAAAUUGCAUGGAGGGAGUGGGGAGGGAGAGGUUUAUUUUCCUUUUAUUAAGUUAGCAAAACGUUAGAGAGGUCCUUAAGGGCGAAGUGUGUAAACUAAUUUUAAUUUUUUCGCCGAUUGAAGAUCUUCGGCAAAAUCAAUUAAGACGUUUGACUGAAACAUAGUCCCGCUAUUACGGACUGUUAACUACAUACUUACUCGAUGUCCCAAGAUUGUCCGCUAUAAAUGGAGUUGACUUGACUGUAGUGAGCAGGGGAUCCGCAACCUUGAAAAAGUUUAGAACACGAAAAUUUGUUCAAUAUCAAAAAUAGAAAGAAAAUAUUAGCGGUUACCAAUAAAGGAUAAGCCCGCCGACCUUUGUGGAGGUCUCGGACUAACAGAUGUCCGUCCCUGAAAAUAUCUUCAAUUUACAGACGGAAAUCGCUCUCAUGGGACAGACGCAAAAGCGUCCGUCUUACAGAGAUGUCUGUCUUACAGGGAGUCAAAAAAAAGGGAUUAGAGAAACGCAAGGGCCAACUUUAGGUGUCCGUUUUACAGAAGUGUCCGUCUUAUAGGGGUGUCCAUUAAGAGAGAGCUCGAGUCGACUGUAUUCUGAUAUUUAAUUUACUAUUCCAAAGUCUACUAUGGACGGUAUAUCCCUUCUCUCACAUUACCAUCUGUUAUCGAUUGUCGAUCUAUUACCACAGGACAAAAGUGGCGAUAUUUUCACGACUAGUAACGGGAGAGUAGACUUGACAGAAGAGGAGAAAGAAACGUUUGCAUCUGAGGGCUUGCCUUUGCCCAACAGAGCACCGCUAACAAAGGUCGGUAUAACUCAGGCUACUGUAUCUAUAAACAAUAAGGGUGGACACUGGUGCUUUGGUUCUAAUUCAGUUGCUGACAAAGAAUAGCGCUUUCCUAGCUUUUGCAAAACUAAUCAGAAAUAGAAACUGAUUAAAACAAGAUCAUAUAUGUGGUCAACUUUCUGCCUUAAGAUACAUGGCGGGUAAAAGCAGACUUGUUUCUCGAUUCCGCUUCGGAUCCUUAGCUACGACCGAAAAAAGAACACGUCUGCGUUCGCAAGCUUUAAAUUAUCCGGUUGAAAAUCACGCGCGUAAAACUUUCAAAAUUGAAUCUGAAUUUUGUAUUGCAAAAAGGACCGUCUCUAAUGUUUAUAUUCAACACAACUGGAGAAACCAAAUGAGAAAGAAAAAUUGUUGAGGCUUCCCAUAGCCAAACGGAAUGGUGCAAACUAUAUUUGAUUGUACAAUCAGCAUCUUCACGGUUUCCUCAAAAAUUUGGUAAAUACCCUUAUGGUCGACGUUCAGUUAUUUUACUUUGACUCUCUUUGAGGUGGACGGGGCAAUCCCAACCAUCAUGCACUUAUUGGCAAUUAUGUAUGCAUGCAUGGCGAGGGGUUCACCGUAACUUGAAAUGACUUUCUCGGAAAAGCCUUUGCCACUGCAUGUUGUAUUUCAAGUCAGUAAUUUCUCAUUCAUAUUCCGCUGUUUACAUUCUAGGCAGAGGAAAGAGCCCUUAAGAGAAUACGAAGAAAAAUUAAGAACAAGGUAGGCAAGAUCCGAAGAUUUUUCAAACAUAGCUGUAUAUAGUCCAGCAGCAGAAAUGGUUUAAGCUCUCUGAUAUAAUAUAUCAACUGCUUGAAAAUUAUCAAAUGAUCCUGCCAAGGUGCAUACAAAAAUAACUUAACUGUGUGAUGUGAAUUUGUUUAUUCUUCUAGCUUUCCGCCCAAGAAAGUCGGAGAAAGAAGAAAGAGUAUGUCGAAGGUUUGGAGAAAAGGUUGGUAGUCAAGUCAGGUGCAAAAAAGGAAAAUUUGCAACCCUUUUAUAUAGCUUCCAUUUUUGACAGGAAAGGUACCCCUUUCGUAUACCCUCUAUUCAUAAAAAAGGCACCCUUUCAAAUACCUAGUUUAGAUUUUUUGCAUUCCUUUUAGGUGCUGUAAAUAUCCUGACUGACUGACUGACUAGAAUUUUCUUUUUACUUCAGAGUUGAAUCUUGUAACACGGAGAACAGUAUUCUUCAGCAAAAAGUAGAUUCUUUGGAAACAACCGUAAGGUUAGCGUGAAACAAUAUUUAACUACCGUGUCUUGAGGGAAAAACUUUUGUUUCCGAGGGUGGAACCGAGGAAAACAAAAUUAACUGGUUUCCCGAGGAACCAGUCAUUAAUUGAUCUCUUGUGUGGCCCACACACACAAAAAAAAUUUUACGUUUCCAAGUGGUUCACGAAAGUAAUGAUUCCCCUGUAAGAUGAAUUUAUCUGCAGUUUAUGUUUUGAGACGCGUUCAGCGAAUAGAACCGAAUACUAUAUAUCAUGUGCUUUGAUAAUGCAGAGCUAUACGGUUCUUCUAAUGAGAGCAAAAAUUUGUCUAAUCGAACUUUUUAUAAUUAACAGUUCCAAAGUUUCGUCACCUUUGAUAGUUUCCGUACCGCUGCCGAGAAGUUUAGAAAGAUACUUUUCAGGACAAGUUAGGACACAUUUUUCCCUUGUGUUGUUCUUGUUUUUCCUGAUAAUCUUGGACAAUUUCCAUCCUUCACUUUGCAAUCAUGUUUUUGUUGAAUCGAAACUGUGUUCAGGUAACAAUGUUAUUCAUAUAUGAUUCUUUCUAUUCCUAUUCUGUUGCAUUGUCUAUAGAGCAUUGCUGACGGAACUGAAUAGACUACGUAAGGUUUCUUUGGAAAACGAAAGAAGAAAAACAAACGAGAUGAAAAGCACCGGAACACAAACAGGGACUUGUCUGAAAUGGUUAGUUAACUGGAGAGUUUUAACGCCAUUGUACGCUAAUGUUCGGUUAGAAUGAAACGAAAAUCCGGGGGUCCAUGGCUCCUAUAUAAAGGGGCGGGGAUGCACGUCAAAAAAUUUAAAGUAAACCCCUAAGGGAGGCCAAUGUGGGUGUGGCUCAAGCUUAAACUGACCCCUAAAGAAGACCAUACUAAAACAGACAUCACGGCAUUUUUGCAAAUUUCUUUAAGCAGGGCUCUGAGCGAUACCUGAAUGGCAAAAUAUAGUGACUUUCCGUGCUAGACCAAGUCCUAAGUGAGACCAAAAUUUGCAAUUUACACCCCUAAGCGAGACAUUGAUUAUCCCCGUCACUUUUUAUAUGAGAGUUCCUCCCCCGACGAAAAUCUGCAUAAAUCGAAGAAAAUUCUUUCGCAAGAUUAUCCUGGAGCUUCAUGAAGACUAGAGACAAUGGACUUGAAUACUGGCAGGAACUAAACAUAUUGCAAGCAUAUAAAAAUGUGCAUUUAAGAAACAACGAAUUUAGAACCCACAGACUGAAAUUUGGCCAAUAAGCAAAAAUGUUUUAAAAUAACAACCACUCUCUACUUCCCUAUAAUCAUUUACAGUUGACUCUCUCUUAACGGACACCUAGAGCUGGUCCCUGCCUUUCUUUACUCCCUUUAUUUGACUCUCUAUAAGACGGACACCUCUGUAAAAUGGACGCUUUUGUGCCGGUCACCAAGGUGUCUGUCAUAGAGAGAUUUGAUUGUAGGCUUAGCCUUAAGCUGAAUAUCGGAAUUCAAAUAUGAGUGUUUUUUAAUUACGUUAACUGAUUCUAAAGCUGAAGUCAGUGGUAUAAUACUUCUUAAUAUCAUUCGCAAUGAUCGUAGUAACAAACCUGGGUUACUCUCAUUAUUGAAAUAGUUUUGUUCUCUUUCUUUAUAUAGCCUCAUGAAAAAGAAAGCAAUUUACAGACAGACCAUUCCUGCUAGAUUGGACAGAAUGAGGGAAAACAAUAACCUCUAAGCCGUAUGCAAGAACUGGUGAUGCAAAGUACAACGGUUUUAGAACAUUUGCACGCUGGUCUACAAAACAUUACGAAGACUUGCUUUUUAUGCUCAGUCCGGAGUAAGCUCAGAAACAUCUCAAGUAGUAGCCAGGUGGUAGCUCAGUAGCGAAACCACUUCAGUUUAGAUCUUGAAAGGAACAGCGCGGGUUGGUUGGGGUAGGGGAAAUACAUCAGUUAAACAAGCACCUCUGGCUUGAGUGGGGUUGGGCUAAAUUAAAAGCCCAAAAUGACCUUGGAUUAACUGACUGUCUUGUACUAAGGCUCUUUUGUUAAAAUGUUCACGCAAUUUCUGGUAACCCAGGCAGUAUUUAGCCUGUUAUGGUAGGCACAGUAGUUAUUUGGCGCUUAAACAUCCAUGAGGUAAUACCUAUAUCGGGGGAAAUACCCAUGAUCAAGAGAUCAUAAUGGGAUUUGCCCUCGUUUAAUGGUUGGAACAAGUUUGCUUAACCUAUAUGGUUCUGGGAGGUGAAACUCUUUUUUCUUGGUCAAAGGAAGUCGACCGUUUACCUAUUGAACAUUCUAUAAAACAGCGAAAAACACCGUGCUAGAGAGAGAGAGAGAGACGGAGAAGACAAAUGUUUUGAAGAAAUAAUUAAUGUUUCUGAUCAAGUUAUAUAAUAAUUGCUUUUGAUAGCUGCAAAUAUGUAAAUAUUUUAAUUUUCUUCGGGCAAAAGGAAACUAAUUUGUACAAGAGAUUAUCGAUCGUCAGGAUUUAAAGUUUCGCCUUAAUUCUGGUAGCAUAUUGCAUAUGAGAAUUUUUUGAAACAGAAAUAGCAACCAAAAGAAGAAAAAUGAACGUUUAUCCUGUGCGGAAACAGGAGUGAAAAAGUAAAAUACAAUUAAAACUACAAAAACAUUUAUGUAUUUUUAGAAAUACUUUUAAAUUCAAAGAACAAUUUAAUUAAUGGCUAAUAUGAUUAAAAAUAAUGGUAACAUUCUGUAUGUAAUCAACUUUUCCAUAUCCUACGAGAAGAGGUUUCUCUUUUGCAUGGCUUUUAGCGUUUACGAAGUCAUUCGCGUAGCUUGUCUAACAAACCAACUACGCAAAGAGACAAGCCGCGCGAACGACUUCGUAUUAACGUUAAAAGCCAUGCAAUAGAGAAACCUCUCCUAACAGGGUACUUUUCCAAAUCUACCGUGCAUAAAUAGUUUCAGUAAUGGAUGGUGAUCAUAGAAUAAGAUAUCUUUGCUAGUUCCUACUUCUUAGAUGCUAGAACCAGAUUAUUAUGCCUCGACUCAAUUUUGUAAGCAUUUACUUAUCCAGAAACCUCGCCUUUUUACUGUGAGGUGGUCUAAAAGAAUUUCAUAUAUGAGAAAGGUAUUUUACCAAGAGAAUGAGAUUCUUUUAAUAACACUAUCCUUGUUCUAGUUUUCUCUGAGAGAUCCAUGGAAUAUGUCAUUUUUGACCAGAUAAUCCACUUUAACGUAUUGCGGUGUAUAUAUUUAGUAUUUACUGUUCGAAUAGACGACAAGAGAGACAUUUAUCAUAUUUUAAUAUGAUAGAUUCUUAUAGAGUUACUUUUAUUUACUUUGGCAACGGUAACAAGUUUUUAACAAAAAAUAAAAGCAACC